AUGACGGACAACGAAAUCACAUUCAACAUCUCCUUCGAGGCCAAGUCGUCAUGCUUUAACGAGUUUGUCAACAUGAUCGUGAGGGACAGUAGAUGGCCGACUAAUGUGUCGUUCGUGAGUUACAACGCUGCGGUGGGCAGGCUGGUGAGCACCGACUGGGCCAAGGUCGACUUCCCGAAUAUGAUCGAGGUCAUCGUCGCUAAUGGUUACACGGUCACCGUUACGGACGUCAACACCUACACGAUUACGAAGACGGUGCUGGGCACAGUGACGACCGAAAAGCAGAGCGCUGCCACGACCUUGGACAAGAAGAGGAGGAGAAGGCACAAGAGGAAGCCGUAA